AUGGAAAAUCAGGUCGCGGAUGUGAGAAAGGGGGCUUGGACUCCAGAGGAAGAUACCCUGCUCCAGAGAUGCGUUCUCCUGUAUGGUGAAGGGCAGUGGCAUCUAAUUCCAGUGAGGGCAGGUACGGCUUCAUCUUACUUAAAUUAUGUAGGUUGCAUGAGUCUUGACGUUUAACUCGUUUAGCUUCCCCUUCCACGAUAUGAAGCGAAAAAAUAGGUUUCAUACUCGCACAAAGUAGAAACACUGAUGGUCGGUGAGUUUGUUUCCGUAGUUAUGAACGAGUUUAUUCCGUCGUCCUCUAAUAAAUCUUCAGGAUUGAGACGCUGCCGUAAGAGCUGCCGUCUGAGGUGGCUCAACUAUCUCAAGCCGAGCAUCAAACGUGGGGACUUUCAGGAGGACGAAGUCGACCUUAUCAUCCGGCUCCACAAGCUCUUGGGGAACAGGUUAGUUAUUAGAGAAGACCUUCCCCAAGAAUGACCUCCCGUUCAACAACGAGGCCAUGAUUCAGACGUCAAACUAAGCGUGCUUAAUGUUUCAGGUGGUCGCUAAUAGGGGGUAGAAUUCCAGGCAGAACGGCGAACGACAUCAAGAACUACUGGAACUCCUGCUGGAGCAAGAAGGUGGGAGCUCAAGCGAAGGUGGCCAGGAAGAUCAACAAAAGAAACACCGUCGGCUUGGCUGUGGAGAGGUACAAGUCCUGCAUAUUGGGACAAGCUAGGCAGACGCCUCGUCUAGCUCGCUUCACAGAGGCUAUCGGUGGUUGUCGCCACGAGAUUUUCAGGCCUCGGCCUCGAACCUUGUCCGAAGGCCCGACCUGCCUACCAGACAUCAUCACGUGCCAUAAAUUUCUCCCCCGGGGACAGCGCUUUUCCUCGACAGAUGAGAGGUCAGACAACCAGCAAGAUCUCGUGGCGUGGACGAGACUUCUGCUGGGAGACGACGAAAAGCAUCAGAGACAGUGGCAACAGGAGGAACGGGAAAAAAAAGAUGCCAUUCCCUUUCCAGCCGAGGAAGAGCUGCUCCGUUGUCCACCUCAGGCAGAUGAAGAUGUGGAAGGAGGUUGGUGGCCGCUGGGAUGGGAGGAUAUUCUGUUAGAUGCCAAUCUAAAGUCUGGGUGCUGUCCGGGUUGA